CAGAACCAAGCGAUAAAACAAAUUAUGUAAGGAAGUUUUGAAUUAGACUGAAUGAUGGAGUAAUGAAGAUAAACCCAUGAUUUUUGUGAAUGCCCUAGCAGUAAAAUCAGGGGCUUCAAAGGAGCCAUUGACAAGAAACCGGAAACAUACAAACGACAAUUCACAACACAAAUUGUUAUUUCUUUAUCUUUAGUUUUGCCGUACUGAAGGUCACCACUAUUGCCAUGUGAGAAUUUCGUGAAACAUUGAGUGGAUUUCGGGGCAUUAUGAGUUAAAAUAUUUGAAACAUUGCUAUUGGAUCUAAAAGUAUAUCGAUACAAUAUGUUUUCAAGAAUUGUUCAAUUGAAUUAUAGACAUUUAAAUAGAGGACCUGUGCAGAAAGCACUAUUUCUCAAAAUACAUCAGCCUGGAAUAAGACCACCUAGUUUUUGCGAUGGAAUAAUGACAGGAACUAGGAAUUUUUCUAGCGGAAGACUAAAGAAUUGGUCAUCAGACAUUAAAAACAAUAUCAAAGAAUUAUGCAAACUGUUCUCUGCUUACUGCCAUGUUGUAAUGGCACAGAGAAUCCAAAGACUUCAACAAGCUUUAACGUUUUAUAGAUAUUUGUAUGGAGAGAGAAUGGUGUCAAAAUUUAUUGAUAAUUUCGCAGGAUUAGUGUUACAAAACUGUAGGAAUAAACCUUUCUGUGUGCUUUUAAGUGCUUGUUUAUUUUCCUGGCAAAAAGACAAUAUAACCAAUGAAGAUUUUGAAAGAUGUAUAGAUGACAUGGAGUCAGUGAGUGAAAUAGUCAGCCAUGCUAAUGCAAAUGGUUAUAGCACACUACCUGGUGGUUGGGAAUCUAUUAUUAAUAAACCACAUCUCAAAGUGUGGAGAAAACCUAUAGUUGAAAAUAGUCAUUUAUAUGAAUACAGAGUAUAUGGUUCAUUUGAUGAUAUUCCUGCAAGAGCAUUUUAUAACAUACAGAUUGAUCUAGAGUUUUGGCAGUCAUGGGAGAAAAUGGCUUUAGAUAUAAAUAUUAUUGAUAAACAUAAAGAAACUGGAUCUGAAAUAGUUCACUGGUUAACUAAGUUUCCUUAUCCAAUGUAUUCCAGGGAAUAUCUUUAUGUUAGAAGAUACAAGGAGUAUAAUGAUCGUAAUGUAAUGGUGGUAUCUGGUAAAGCUAUUGAACAUCCUGAUAUACCUAUAACAGACCAGUAUGUCCGAGUUAAAGAAUAUGUCUCACAGUUUGUUAUUAAACCCCAUACCAACUUUGAUGAUAAUGGUUUUGAUUAUAUUUUAACUUAUUUUGAUGAUCCUCAAUCAGCUUUUCCUUCAUUUUGUUACAACUGGCUGGCAUCUUCAGGUGUUCCUGAAUUUGUAAACAAUCUCCAUAAAGCUGCCAAAGCUAUGGAUGAGAAAAUGAAGAAAGGGUACAGGCCAAAAUGUGUUGCAAACAGUCCAGAUAAAAAAAAUCUUAAUAAUGAUAAUACUCCGGUUUCUAAUUAUGCAUAAAUUGUUAUUAAGUCGUUGAAAAACAAAUAUUCUGGUUCUUGGAAACUUAUGCAUCACUUUUUUCCCCUGGUUACAGGAACUCUAUACAAAAAUAUGAAUACAACCAAAUGUAUACCAUAGGCUCAGUUAUUGAGUAUGCAACACUGAUAAUUGCUGUUGAGUCAUAAAUGAUACUGGAUAAUCAUACAUUACUAUAAACAAAAUGAUGAGAUUAAUGUAUACAUAGUGCCUUGAAAUAUGAUAUUUAUGAUAUGUCAUUUACUUCAUGAUCCUUUGACAAAAUAAAAACCUCCCAUUUGCAUCAUAUUUUUGGGAAGGAUUGUUGAGCCAGAAUAUUUCUUUUGUAUGGCUUAAUGUAGUUCAGCUCUGACCUUAAGGCACAUGUAACAAGAACUUACGUUCAGAGCUGAACUAGGCGUAUAAUAUAUUGUGAAAAUUGUCUAGAGUGAAAUAUAUUGAGUUCUACAUCAUCAUUCUAUGCAUGGUCCCACUCUCAUGAAAUUGUAUACACUUUAAUUGGAGGGUAUCAUCAAGGGAAUAUUUUUCUUCCAUAUUUAAUAAGAAUUUAUUACGAUUAUCCAUUUUUACGGUACCUGCAUUGACCACAAAACGUUUUUAAAUCUACCCAUAUCACAGCCAUCAGAUGGCAUCGAGAGUUGAUUAUAGUUUUAGUAUGUAAAUUAAUGUCUAAAAUAAUUUAUAUAACAUUUCAGGCCUAAAAGACAUACCUGCAAUGUUGCAUAAUGCAUGUUUAAUAAAGAAAAUAAUCUCCCAUCAUGGAUUCAAUGAAAAUAUCAACAGUAGAUAUAAUCUCCCAUCUUGGAUUCAAUGAAAAUAUCAACAGUAGAUAUAAUCUCCCAUCUUGGAUUCAAUGAAAAUAUCAACAGUAGAUAUAAUCUCCUAUCUUGGAUUCAAUGAAAAUAUCAACAGUAGAUAUAAUCUCCCAUCUUGGAUCGUAUCAGAUUUAAAAGAGGCCCAUGAAAAGGUGGUGUUGGCUUAAGUUUCCAUAUAUUAUGUUGUGUGUAAAUAUAACUAGUUUGUUUAUAUAAACAGAAAAUAUUAUAUGUAGUUGCACGGAUUAAUUCAUGCCAGUAGCAUCAAAGAUGUUUAAGUAAUAUAUUGAUGCUGUCAGUAUAUUAAUCUAUGUCUGGCUUAAGGACUUUAAACAUCCUAAAAUAAAGAUACACUAUCAUGCCUGUGCAUUUCUAUGAAAUCAUCACAGGAGUUGAAUAUUUCUGUUAUAUUGUAUAAAGAAUGAUGGUAUUUAAUAAUAUGUCCUAGUCAAGGUGAUUAUCCAGACACCCAAUAUUACUGAGCAGUGUUGAGCCAAGGAUAGUAAUGAUAUGUUAGACCACAGUUAUACCAAGAUAGAUUUCGAGAUAUAAGGUAUACAAUAACUUGUUCAAUAGUAUAAUCUUCCACUGUACAUCAUACAACAGGAUACAUGUCCGAUGUUUUGCGCUAGAUUAAUUAUAUUGGCUUUAUUUAAUCUGUGGAUUAUAUUGUUCUUACAAAUCAGUAUUAGCCUUAAAAAGGGAGAGAAUUUAACAGGACAUUUUUUUGCUGUUCGUUUUAAUUUUUCUUAUGGGUGUGCAAACUAUGUGGUAGCAUAUUAAUAGUUCUUUUGAUUGUAUAUGGUCUUUAUUCUGGCAUGUUGAGGCUUUAACAUUUAUCAGGGAAAUAUUUUGAAUUAUAUUAACAUGACGUAUUCAUAGAAUUCUUGUUAUCUAGUGCUAGAGAUCUAAACAUCCAUCUUAUGGCGUGAUCUUGCAGUUUUUGGACUGUACUUAUUUGUACAUGGUUUGGUUCAGACUAAAAUGUACACAAAUUGAUUAUUUAGCAUUUAAUGAAGAAAAUAAAACCAAGAUAUCAAUGAUAGAUAAAAAAAAAACCUAUCCGCAGAUUUUCCCCACCACUUAAAGUUGGUGCUGGUUUAUUUAUAUCAUUUGUUUUUCUUUGUAAACACUGAGUGAAAUGGAACAAUAUUUGGAAUGAUAUUCAUUUUAGAGAUUUAACCUUCAUAAUUCAUGUAUUGUAGUUUUUAAGGGAUACAAAAUCCCUCGAAUGAUGACAAGUGGGUUUAAACAAAGGUUAGAAAUGAUGUGCUAAUAUAUUUAUAGUUCAAUGUGUUAAAUUAAAAGAAUGUAUUGUUUUUGAGUAUUGAUUUGAUUUAUAUGAAUAAAUUAAUAUAAAUUAU